UGUUUGGAACGGCACGCAGUCCCAUACCCGUUUGUUCAAAUUCACACUUUCUUCUUUGGAGCGAAACUCUUCGUACGCUGAAGUCCACCUGAUGAGUGAUGACCCCGAUGGAUUCCUUCUGCUUACGUUUGUCAUUCAGACACGAGACAGAGAAUGGAACUGAUGCAGGCGGGUGAAAAGGGACCUCGUCUUGGACUAAUCGAACGUCGUGUUUCGUACCUUGUAAACAUCAAUCCAAGUCGUCGCAUCUGCUUGGACUUUUCCCCAGCUAGAACGAUUACAUGGUCUUCUCCAUCUCAUGGGCAAGCACCAGUUCGAUCGGUCAGAGGGGAAGAAUGGCGAGAACGUGGGAAAGAUCGAAGCUUUCGAUCUGGGUUUGGUGUCUCCUAUGUGGGUCUUGCGUGGGAAAGUUUGUGGUGGAGAAGUUCAGCUUGAAGGUGGCUGCUCCAGAAUCGUUGAAGGGAGAUUACGAGGGUUCGAUUGGGAAUUUCGGAGUCCCUCAAUAUGGGGGGUCAAUGCGAGGGACCGUAGUUUAUUCGAAAGACAAUCGGGAUGCGUGCAAGAGCUUCGAAGGUUUCAAUGCUUCGUUCAAGUCCGCUCCAAGGGAACUGCCCACUAUUUUACUUGCUGAUCGGGGAGAGUGUUACUUCACAAUGAAGGCAUGGAAUGCGCAGAAUGGUGGUGCUGCCGCGAUUCUUGUUGCAGACGACAAGAGAGAAAAGGAAUUGAUCACCAUGGAUACCCCAGGAGGAGACCAUAAUGGUUCUGAUUAUCUUCAGAACAUCACUAUUCCCGCUGCACUUAUCAAAGAAUCAUUGGGAGAUGAAAUAAAGAAAGCUUUGUCUGAUGGGAAGAUGGUUACUAUCAGCCUUGACUGGAGUGAAGCUCUUCCACAUCCAGAUGAGCGGGUUGAGUAUGAAUUCUGGACAAAUAGCAAUGAUGAGUGUGGACCAAAAUGUGACACUCAGAUUGAGUUUGUUAAGAACUUUAAGGGGGCUGCUCAAAUACUUGAGCGCAAAGGAUAUGCUCAGUUCACACCACAUUAUAUAACCUGGCUCUGCCCCGAACAAUUUCUUUCAAGCGAGCAGUGCGAGUCACAGUGUAUUAAUAACGGAAGGUACUGCGCUCCGGAUCCUGAGCAGGAUUUCGGUAAAGGUUAUGAUGGAAGGGCUGUUGUGCUUCAGAAUUUACGCCAAAUUUGCUUUUUUAAAGUGGCUAAUGAGAGCAGCAAGCCAUGGCUUUGGUGGGAUUUUGUGAGUGACUUUGCAAUUCGGUGCCCAAUGAAAGAGGAGAAGUUCACCAAAGAAUGCGCAGAAAAAGUCAUCCAAUCACUUGGUGUUGAUCUCGAGAAGAUAAACCAAUGCAUAGGUGACCCUGACGCUGACGUGGACAACCUAGUCCUCAUGGCUGAACAGGACGCACAGGUUGGCGCAGGGUCUCGCGGAGAUGUUUCUAUUUUGCCUACUUUAAUCAUUAACAAUCGACAGUACAGAGGUAAAUUGGAUAGAGGAGCAGUUCUAAAAGCCGUAUGUGCAGGUUUCCAAGAAACCACUGAACCAGCUAUUUGCCUAAGUUCAGAUAUUGAAACAAAUGAAUGUUUGGAAAACAAUGGGGGUUGCUGGCAGGAUGAAGUUGCUAACAUUACCGCAUGCCGGGAUACAUUUCGGGGAAGAGUUUGUGAAUGCCCUCUUGUGCAAGGUGUGAAAUUCGUCGGCGAUGGUUAUACACACUGUGAAGCUUCUGGAGCUUUACGGUGUGAAAUCAACAAUGGCGGCUGCUGGAAUCAAACACGUGGUGGCAGGACAUACUCUGCUUGUGCUGAUGACAGCAGCACCGGUUGCAAAUGUCCUCCUGGCUUCACUGGAGAUGGAGUAAACUCCUGUGAAGAUGUGGACGAAUGCAAAGAAAAGAAAGUCUGCCAGUGCCCUGAUUGCAAGUGCAAGAACACAUGGGGCGGCUUUGAGUGCACCUGCAGCGGUGGUUUAUUGUACAUGCAGGAACCCGAUACCUGCAUAAGUACACACUCUGUCACAAAGUCUAAUUUUGGAGGAUUUUUCUGGAUUGUCAUUUUCGGCUUGGCUGCUGCUGGAGUUGGAGUAUACGUGGUCUACAAAUAUAGAAUCCGGAGUUACAUGGACUCCGAGAUACGAUCUAUCAUGGCACAGUACAUGCCGCUGGAUGGUCAUGUGGAGGUGCCGAGUCAUGGCUCUCACGCCAAUAUCUGAAGGGAGACGUGUGUGGGGGGACUCCGUCAAGUAAUACAGAUAUUUAUGUAAGCUAAUGGCUUUACCGCGCACAUAGUUAUUCUCUGGCCUCACAGGUUUAUAAAUCCUUUGACACGGGCAGCGUCCCUUGCUGGCCUUCGCUUUUCAUAGCGAGCGAACACGUUGCUCUCUUCCUUGGAUUAUGUAUAUCUGCACCUUUUUCAAAACAUAAUCCCACUUUAAAUAAAGAAAAUAGAAUCAUUUGAGACUUGAAUGGGCAAA